UGUUAUUUGUUGCACCAGCAGGCAGCAAAGAACUUCAUCAUCGAAAAGAUUCUUGUUCUCUACAGGCUCAGCGAUGCCAUGGCUUUCUGCUUCUUUCGGUAUAUAAAGAGGAGCCAAGCCAUCGCCAGAUCUCAACACAAGCUUCUCUCUGAGUCUCCUCUUCCAUCCACAACGAAGGAAAAAGACCUUCAGCUUCCAUUACAGACAUGGCAUGCCACCUCAGAUCUGCGAGUGUGCCUUCAAGCCCCUGCUCCGGCAAAACCAAUGUUGAAGGACAGCUUCAGAGCAUAAACGCUGCUGCCUCCUCACCUUCUUCGACCAUCGACACAAUGUGUUAUGGGUUGAGGAGGCUUGGAGACAUCUACAACUGCAUCGAUGAGCUCACAUCCUUGCCUAGCAGCCAAGUUCUCCUCUGCAGGCAGCAGCAGAGGCUUGCUGUUGAGCAAGAGCUUGAGCGGUCCCUCGUCUUGCUUGACCUCUGCAACACGAUGCAAAUGAGCUUUUGUGAGCUCAAGGAGAGCGUUCAGGACAUGCAACUGGCUAUCAAGAGAGGCAAUGGUGUGGCUCUUCAGGCCAAGAUGCAGUCUUGGUUCCGCCUGACCAAGAAAGCACAAAACCAGCUCAAGAAGAUCAGCAAGAAGUCUGCUCCGGCUGAUCUCCAGAGCUGCCGGGUGGUCAAUCUGUUGGCUGAAGCUAGAGAAGCCGCUGUCAAAAUGAUUGAAUCCUCGAUGGAGCUGCUUUCAAAGAAAAUUACAGCGCCGAAUUCUGGCAAGCUGUCUCUUGUAUCCAAGGCAUUCCAGAAGAAAAGAGUUGUAUGCGAGGAGGAGCAAUUGCAGGUGCUCGAGUCGAACAUUGUUGAUCUUGAGAAUGGAGUCGAGACUUUGUUUAGGAGAUUGAUCCAGAGCAGAGUUUCUCUUCUGAAUACUCUCAGCUUGUAGAUUAG